CUUCUGUCUUCCAGUGUCGUGAGGUGCAUUUCCCGCAGCCUUUCCAAAGAGUUAUGCUCUUAAAACUACCACAAGGACCCUUGCAUCUUGUCAUCAGCAAGACUGUUCAAUACAGUUUUAUACACCAAUCCUCGCGACGUUGAAUACAAGACAGACACACUAACGCUUGUGUCUACCGUGAGUGAAGACUCUGUGCCUGAAGGUAUAUGAAUGUGUAGAGUACUAUAGAGUACUAUAGUACUCUACAGAACUCUAUUACUCUAGAGAGGUAACGACUGAUAACAAGGACUUGAGUGGGAAUGGUUUUCGAGUGGAUAUCUUCUAAGCGUGCGUGCGCACGGGCUCGCGCCUCCACCUGGUCUCCAAGGCGCCGUCUCCUCCCACACCUCUUGAGCCUCUUAUAUAAGACAGAGGGAGAGGAGAGCUCGGCCAUUACGCUCUCUCCUCUCCCGGGCCUCACCUCUCCUCUUCCUCCUCUCUCACCCAGUCAGCCACUGGCAGCCAACAGGUAUGCAGGCGGGUGUAGUGAUGAUGGUGGCGGCUGUUGUGGUUGGGAACGCGGCUGCGUGCUUCAUCACCAACUGUCCUCCUGGGGGCAAGAGGUCCUCUUCUUCAGCACAAAUUGGUCGUUCCAGGACUUGUACCUCGUGUGGACCAGGACUCCGGGGGCGCUGUUUGGGGCCAGAGAUCUGCUGUGGGCCCGGGAUCGGCUGCUUCAUGGGGACCCGGGAGGCCAGGAUGUGCCGCGCCGAGAACCUGGUGCCUGUAACCUGCGCUAACACAGACCUGAACACCUGCGGCAGGCUGCGGGGAGGACGCUGUGCCGCUUCAGGACUCUGCUGCACAGAAAUGAAGUGUGAAUUCGACGGGAGUUGUGUGGAUGGUGGCGAGGGGAGUCUUGAAGACCAGCAGACGGAGAGACAACGCUUUGCCCUCCUUCCCAACCUGUCGGACGACCAGUGGAGUCUCUGAUCCCGCCCUCACUGCUACUGGACACUAUAUCCCGCCCCAAAGGACUAGCAGAGCCCGGGAUCCAGACCCUGACAACCAGUGGACUAUAUCCCGCUUCCAAGGAUUAGCAGAGCCUGGGAUCCCACCCUGCUAGUGGACUCGUAUAUCCUGCCCCUACGGAGGACUAACAGAACCUGGGAUACUGACUGCUACUGGACUCAACAUCCCGCUCUGAAGGACUAGUGGAGCCUGGGCCUAGUCCUCUCCGCCCUCGAAGUAUCCUCACACACACACACAGCUCCGCCACCAACGCCCUCAGACAAUGGUGGUAGAACCAAGUCAUUGUUUACGUCUUACAUUGUAAGAGUGUGGUAGAAAACGUCGGGAAUUCAGCCCUAACUCAACUAUAUGUAUGCAUUAAAUUAUUACCAAGAGGAAACUGACUUAUAGCCGCCAAAAUAUAAGUUGUAUAAUUUGACCAUGUAAUAUUUACAUGACCCACAAACUAAGAUAUGAGAAUCAUAUAUAAGGUGAGGACUCAAGGAGUUGGAUCUCUCUGUUUAGAACAAACAUAUUCACUUAUGAAUAAUCCAUCUUGACUCUAAACCGAUGAUAUCACUGAACCAUGAAAUAAAAUAUACAGUAUUUA